AUGACUCAGGCUCAGAUGCAGCGCUCCGAAAACAUGAACAUGUUUAACUCGGGUGGAAUGAGCAACCCUAACACCGAGACCAUGAUCGACUCUUACCAACCUUUGGACCCUGUCACCGCUUCGUUGGGCGACUACAACCGCUCCAUGCUGCAGUAUACUCAGCGUCAGAUGUCUACCUUUGUCGACACUGAUGACUCUCACCAUCGCAAAAGCUCUAGCAGCCGCAGUAGUCAGAGCAGUGGCCAGAGUGGUCGCACUAGUGUCUCUGGCCUUGCUCGUCAAGCCAAUGGACCUCCUACUUCUAUCAACCAUGCUGCUCAAAUUGCCGAGAACAAGGUCUCUGGUCGCGAUAUGGCUACCAAGUCUGAAUUUUAG